GCAUGGGAGAUGAUGAGAAAAUUGUGUUGGGAGUUUCUGAUUUGGACACUCUUGGAGAGGGGCGUUAUCUCAAUGACCAAAUUAUCGCGUUCUACUUCAAUUACUUGUUCUCUAACCUAGAUGAUGAAAGUAAACCUGUUACGCGGCUUGUUUCACCUUCCAUGUCCCUUUUGAUUGCUAACUGUAGGGAUGAUGAGGGUGUGAAAGAGUUUGUUGAGUCUAUGUCAAGCAAGAGGGUUGUGGUUUUUGUUGUUAAUGACAAUGAGGAUUUUAGUGCGGGAGACGGUGGAAACCAUUGGAGCACCCUUGUGUAUGAUAGAACGAAGAAUAUGUUUCUGCAUUUUGAUAGCCAGGGAUUUAGCAUGGAGGGAGUUGGCAGGGAGGGAGUGAAUAACUUUUAUGCCUUGAAGCUUUAUGAUGCUGUCAAGGAACACGUGGGACCAGGCGGUGAAGUUGCAAGGUUACAGACGUCGUCUUCGUUGAAGAAACAGAGGAACAAGAAGAAAAGUGUGAUGUCUCUAACUGGAGCUGGAGCUGGCUUGCCUGUGUUUAAGGAAUGUGAGACCCCUGAACAAACAAAUAAUUAUGAUUGCGGUCUGUAUGUGUUAGCCAUUGCCAAGGAAAUCUGCCGGUGGUGCUCACGCGGACAUAACAAGAGUGACAUCGUUUCAACAAUAAAGAAGAAUGUUGAUAGUUCAGUGGAGCAGAGAAUGAGGGAGGAGGUGUUGAAGAUCGUAGAAGGGAAGCUUGUGGAUAGUUGAGAGGUCUGAGAAGUCGGAACUCAAAUUCAGGUUUUGUCAGACUCAGAUAGAGGUUUUAAACAGUUUUUUAGAAUUAAAAGAACUCUUUUCAUAGGCGCUGUUUACAGUUUGUGGCUUGUGGUUUAAAACAUGUGUACAAAAGUACAUGAUACUUAAGUGGGGUAAAAUGCAAACUCACCAUCUCUGUUUUCGCAGUGGUUCUUCACUUCUGUCAAUUAUUUAUUGCCAUUAGGUUAAUAUUACUCACUACUUCUAUGACUUAAGCUUAUUGUGCUAGUCCAUCUAAUCUUGUAUCUUGAUUGCAUUCAUGUAAUUCUGGUGGAUAAUUUUUAUAUCGGUUUUUCUAUGGUCUGCCUAUGAGCACACAAUAGGCACAAAAUUUGAUAAGUUUAACAUGUUUGGCUUACACUAUUUAAUAAUGAUGGACCCUCUUGUAUCCACAACAACCACACCAAUCAAAACACACCAAAUUCAUAAAUUUUAGUGUUUAGCAAUGUACCCAUCCUUUUUAUAUUGUAUUAUUAAUUAUGUAGUGACUCGUUAGUGAUCCUGAAGAAGGUCUAUUGUCUUUUGACAUGCUUGAUUUGGUUGUACAAAAACGUACUCUCAAAUCUCUCACAUUGUAAAAUAUAAUGUCUUUUGACUAAAAGCUUGGCAGGAGGCAAGUUAUUGAAUUACAUUUGUGUUUUGUAGUUUUAUAUGUGUUUUGUGUGUAAUUAUAAUUUCCUUGUGUUAUUAUCUUCCAUCUCCAUAAUAGGCCCUGUACUUAUGGAUAAGAAAGAGUCGGGUCCAAUUCAGUUGCUGUAUUCAAAUCCAUCAUCUUCUCUUUUCCAUUACAGCACAAGGAUCGCUCCUGAUACAUCCAACCAGAAGGUGUAUAAUUAGAAAUGAGUGAAUUCAUUAACUUGUACCAUUUUUUUAAUGGAUGAUUUCUAAAAAGCUUGGCAGGAGGCAAGUUAUUGAAUUACAUUUGUGUUUUGUAGUUUUAUAUGUGUUUUGUGUAUAAUUAUAAUUUCCUUGUGUUAUUAUCUUCCAUCUCCAUAAUAGGCCCUGUACUUAUGGAUAAGAAAGAGUCGGGUCCAAUUCAGUUGCUGUAUUCAAAUCCAUCAUCUUCUCUUUUCCAUUACAGCACAAGGAUUGCUCCUGAUACAUCCAACCAGAAGAAACUCACGGAUGAGAUGACCAAAAGGGGCCUGGGACUGGGACAGCCCUGGAAAUGUUGCAAGUAUCUUGAUAGUGGUGUUUGUAACAGCCAUUAGUGAUUAUCGGCACAUGAGGGCACGAGAUGUCUAUAUAUAAGCUACUUUGAGGUGAUAUUGUACAUCUUGCUCUUGGAAAUUGAAGUGCCUGCAGAUGGACUCUUUGUGUGAGAUUUUUCUUUGCUGAUUGAGAAUCAAGUCUGACAGGAGAAAGUGAGCCUGUAACGGUAACCAACGAUAAUCCUUAUUUUGUCGAUUCAGGUCAACAGCAGUUCUUGGUCGGGCCUGCUGUUGCCCUUACAUUCAAUUUUGUGGUGUCCGCCAGUAUUAUUUUGAUGAACAAAUUGGUCUAUAUAAUUGACUGUCCUCAAUUUCUCCUGAUACUUGACUUUUUGCACUCUACUAAUUUUAACGAGGUUCCUUUGCUUCUGUUAAUUGAUUUCAGGUGCUUGUGAAACUUGUAUUCAAUUAUCCAAUAUUUCUCACAUUUAUUCACUAUGUCUGUAGCUGGUUCUCGAUGGCCAUCCUUAAAGCUUUGUCCAUUCUUCCGGCUCCUCCAGCGAAGUCCCCCAAAUUCUCGUCAUUGUUGGCUCUUGCUAUAGUCAUGUCUCUCUACUGGCCUUGCCAAUUAAUGUUAGCUUAAAGUUUAAUAGUGCAGGAUUUUAUCAGAUGGCUAAGAUUGCUGUAACACCAGCGAUUGUUCUGGCUGAAUUCAUUGUUCUUGGGAAAAGAAUUUUGUUCCAAAAGGCACAAUUACAGGUGCUUCAAGCGGAGGAGUCGCUGCCCAGGCAACUAAUAGCAUGUUUGAUUCAACUCAAAGCAAAGAGCUGCCGUUGUUUUUACUCUUCCUAGGCCAAUAAAACAGCGACGAGUCAUUUAGGAUGGAGUCACCACUCAAAAUUUUGCAUGUUGAUAAAACCGCUUCUCGAAAGGUGUGCAGUGGCAAAUCUCUGGCUAUGGAUUUACCAGAUGAGAUUGUGGCUUAUAUUCUAUCGAUGAUCCCCAUCAAGAUGAUUCGAUAUUGCUAUUGUGUAUGCAAAAGAUGGCACAGUAUAAUCACGGAACCUUAUUUUGCUAAUCUGCAUCUCUCAAGAUCACCUGACUGCCUAAUAAUUUAUCGACCAAAUUUUUACGACGAGUAUGCUAUACAUAGUUUGGCCGAACUAGACGACACACCCUAUCCUGAUAUUCAAGACGGCCCUCUGAUGUUUUUUGACCAUGACGAGAAUAAAGUUCGUGAUGAUGACUUCUUGAGGCACAGUGAGUGGCCUUUAUGCGGUUCAAUCAACGGGCUACUUUGCUUAUGGCAUACGAUUGGCGCAACUUGUAUAUGCAAUCCAAUUACACGAGAGUACAUACUCCUUGCAGAUAACAAGAACCUCAGGAAAUUGUCGCGUUUUCCAAUUUAUGGAUUUGGAUUUGUCAAGGCCAGCCACGAGUACAAGGUGGUAUGUCUUUACCAAGGUGAUUUUCCUUCAUCUGCAGGCUCGGGUAAGUCAUGGUGUGAGGUUUAUACACUCGGAACAGGCAUGUGGAGGAGCCUAGGACAGGUCCCGUUUUUAGUCAGUACUCGUGACAGAAGAAACAGAGUUUCUUCGUAUGAAAGUGACUAUACCUCUUGGUAUGGAAGUCAUGAUGGCGUUUUUAUCAGGAGCAACCUUCACUGGCUAAUUUAUGAUCUGAACACGAAUCAAGAAAGGGUGUGUACUUUUGACCUGAAGAAAGAAGAAUUCCAACUAACUGCUCCUCCUCGAGUUACUAAGAAGGUAGAUUACAGGAGACUGGGAAUGCUUGGAGAGUGCUUGUGCGUUUGCGAUAACACGGGGGAAUCUGGAUUUACCAUUUGGGUAUUGAAGGGUUACGGAAAUAAACAAAGUUGGAGUAAAGAACUCUUCAUUGAUCAAUCUUCUAAUCAGCAAUAUGGCCCGGUUCAUCCCUUAAAACUUUUUAAGGACGGGACUGUGUUAUUUUCCUUGCGUAGUUAUCAGUUAAUUUAUCAUAGUGCAGAUAAAACUUUCGAAACGUUUAGCAUGUGUUGGAAUGACCACUUUAACAAGCCUCUUGCAAUGGUUUUUGUCCCCGGUUUUAUUAGGCUCAAGAGUUUCGUGUCAGAGAAGGUUAAAUUUUUUUAAUUUUUAGAUUUUUGAUGAUUAAUGUUUUCCAUUAAUGUUUUCCAGAAUGUGAAGACAAGGUUUCACCCAGCAGCUCAGUAAUUUGAUUAACUAGUAGUGUUUCACGAGCUUUGGGUAGUUUGGGAUGUUUCAUGUUUGUAAGUUGAAUUAUUGGUCUUUCUGAUUUUAUUUGCUUCGUUUAAACAUUCUCCCUAAAGGCUAUGAAUGUUUCAAAUUUGUUACUA